CAUUGUGAUGAUGAACUUUGACACGCGGCGGAUCAGCUGUGAGUGCAACGGCGAUCAAAAUGAUGCAAUCUUCGUAAGAUAAACUUCGUUUUCCAGUGUCUGCAAACUCUGAAUUUUAACAAACUUGGUAUUUCGAGGUUGAUAAAGCCAUCUCUUCCCCAACGUUGUUGAUUUACUUGUUGUAGUGAGUUGGUAGCUCGCUAAAUGAAGGUAGUUUUUGUCCACCCUGAUUUGGGGAUCGGAGGUGCGGAGCGGUUGGUGGUGGACGCGGCGUUGGCCCUGCAGGCACGGGGGCAUUCCGUCAAGCUACUCACGGCACACCACGACCCAAGCCAUUGCUUCAAGGAAACCAGUGAUGGCACCUUGGAUGUCAAGGCAGUCGGUGACUGGUUACCGAGGAGCUUCUGUGGUCGAUUCUACGCCCUGUGUGCUUACAUCAGGAUGAUAUACGUCGCUCUCUACCUGGUUCUGUUCAGCGGUCUGCAGUACGAUGUCGUCUUCUGUGAUCAGAUAUCGGCUUGCAUCCCCUUCCUGAAGAUGAGACGAAAACCAAAGGUGCUGUUCUACUGUCACUUCCCGGAUCAACUUCUGACCCAGCGUUUGACAUUCUUGAAGCGGCUCUACCGCGCACCCAUCGACUGGCUGGAAGAAAAGACGACCGGAAUGGCUCACUGCGUUCUCGUCAACAGCAGCUUCACAGCCAAGACGUUUGCCAAAACGUUCCCCUCAUUGAGCCACAUACAGCCUGAUGUUCUCUACCCUUCCCUCAACUUUGCUGCCUUCGACGGCCCAGUCCAAACCCCCACAGACCUGCUGCCACCGAACGUCGACACCCUCUUCCUGUCAAUCAAUCGGUUUGAGAGGAAGAAGAACUUGGGAUUGGCCAUCGAGGCUCUGGGAAAGCUACUUGAAAACCUCCCAGCGAAGGAAAGAAAGGGUGUGCAUUUGGUCAUGGCCGGCGGUUACGACGAACGCGUCACCGAGAAUCGCGAGCAUUACCUGGAGCUCCGACAGCUUGUGGACAGACUCCAACUCGCCGACCACAUCACCUUCAAGCGGUCGUUCAGCGACGCUGAAAAGCUGAGCCUCCUCAGCAAUUGCUCUUGCCUCCUGUACACACCCAGCAAUGAGCAUUUUGGCAUUGUGCCAAUCGAGGCCAUGUACAUGAGCCGUCCGGUCGUGGCAGUCAACAGCGGCGGACCAUUAGAGACCGUCGUCGACGGGAAAACAGGGUUCCUGCGCGAGCCUGACGCUGAAAGCUUCGCCGAGGCCAUGAGAGAGUUUGUCACUAAAAAAGAUCUGACAAAGAUUUUUGGCAAAGCUGGCCGAGCCAGGGUUGUGAGUAGCUUCUCUUUCAAAGCGUUCGGCAACAAGCUUGAUAGACUUGUUCGAAAGCUUAAAAAAUCAUAACCAUUGAUAGCUUCCACAACCACUUUUUAAAAUGCCAGACAAAUAUAGGUUUCAGCUAACAAAUACUGUUUUGAAAAUUAUAUUUUGGUAAAAAUGUUUGCCUUUGACAUUUUACUCUUUACAAAGCCAAAUUAUUCUUUCUAGCUGGUAUGCAGCAAAGGUAUUGACCAAGAAAUUCUGUCUAUAGAUGGCAAAUAAAUACUGCAGCUAUGGAAUUUAAAUUUGACCUUGAGAAUGAGAUCACUGAAUAACAUCCAAAUAGAAUUUACAUAUUUUAAUCAAGUAUUACUAAAGCGUACAUGAGCCCUGUACAAUCAUGAAACUGGAACAAAUAAAACUGAUGAAAGUACUUCAAUUUGUGUGUCCCGUUUGCAAUCAAUGUCAUAACUGUCAUAGUAGAAUGCCAUGGUCCAGCGGUUACGGUGUUUGACUCAUGUACGAUGGUACGUGGGUUCAAACCCUGCCAGGAACAUGGUGUUUGUGCCCUUGGGCAAGACACUUUACUACAAUAGCCUCUCUCCACCCAGGAGUAUGAAUGGGUACCUGUGAGGGUAGAGGACUGAAUGUGCGCUGAUAUCGGCUGCCGCGUGGUCUCAUGGCCUGAUGAAUGGGGGAAUAAUUGUAAAGCGCUUUGAGAUUGUUGAUACGAUGGAAAGGGCUAUAUAAGCAUUACAAUUUAUUUAUUUAUUCUUUUGGCUUUGCCUUCACCUCAGUUGGUGCAACAGAGUUAGUCUCAAUGACCAGUGCACACUAACCAUGUACAAGUCUAAACACAGACUCAAAGUAGCAUGACGCAUAUGCAGAGAAGUAGGUCAAUCAAACUUCAGGGGAGGGGGCACACGGCCAAGAAGCAUAGCAACCAAUAAGAUAUCAGAAGUACAAGGCUGUUGCCUGACUUCAUAUACACUUGUGUUAUGAGGUCAGGUCUCCAGUUUACAGUUGAGCUAGUCAUGGCCCGAGAACAUUGUAAGCAAACUAUUGAGGGCGUUCUAGCCACGCAACAAAGGCA